AUGGAUCCUUCUAUCGAUGCAGACAUACAAUCACCCGAGAAUAUGAUUGUUGAUCCGGACGAGUAUGUCGAGCCAUCGGAUAAUGAGAAGGAUGACAUCGCCAUCAUAGAUCCGGAUGAACCUAGGCCAACGCCUGCUGAUGAUUAUGAAGCUAUAGCAGAGCUGGUAUUGCCACCGCUGGAUCAACAGCCCCCGAUCAUAGAGACGGUUCAUCAUACUUGGGAAAUUAAAAAUUGGCAAGGGCUCCAAAAGAGAGAACAUGGCCCAAUCUUUCAUGCUGGAGGAUACCCAUGGCGUAUUCUAAUGUUCCCAUACGGAAAUAAUAGCGAUAAUGUGUCCUUCUACCUGGAGCACGGAUUUGAAGACGGGCCUCCGGACGACUUUGUAUGCUGUUUGCAAUUCGGUCUCGUUCUAUGGAAUCCGAACGAUCCAACUCUUUACACUUACCACACUGCGCAUCAUCGAUUUACCAAAGAGGAAGGGGACUGGGGCUUUACUCGAUUCGUUGAAACCCGCAAGCUUCAUGCUCAUGUAUGGCCUGGAUCCAACCCCCCAAGGCCGUUGGUUGAGAGCGGAGAAGCAAAUAUGACGGCAUAUGUAAAAAUAGUCGAGGACGAAACAGGCGUGUUAUGGCAUAACUUCAACAACUAUGAUUCGAAGAAAGAAACUGGAUUUGUCGGCUUAAAAAAUCAGGGAGCAACAUGUUAUUUGAAUUCGCUCAUUCAGUCUCUAUAUUUUACUAAUGCCUUCCGGAAGGCAGUAUAUCAAAUUCCAACACAAGACGAGGACACCACCACAAACAGCGCAUAUACUUUACAACGCCUCUUUUAUCAGCUGCAGUCAUCUUCUGCAGCUGUGAGUACCAACGAACUCACCAAGUCUUUUGGCUGGGACACAAAACAGAUUUUUGAACAGCAAGAUGUUCAAGAGCUUUCUAGGAAACUGAUGGAGGUUAUGGAAAAGAGAAUGAAGGGGACUGAAGCUGAAAAUGUUCUCCCUAAAUUGUUUUGCGGAAAAGUGCGAACCUAUAUCUCUUGCAUCAAUGUUGACUACGAAUCUCGCCGAGUAGAAGAUUUUUGGGACGUUCAAUUGAAUGUUAGCGGCGAAACCCACAAACUUCAAGAUGCGAAGAAAGGUGUCAUCUUUGAAUCAUUUCCCGAAGUUCUUCAUUUGCAGCUCAAGAGAUUUGAAUAUGAUAUUGAGCGAGAUUCCAUGAUGAAGGUCAAUGAUCGUUUACGAAUUCCAGAUACUUUUGAUGCCGCACCAUAUCUAUCAGAUGACGCAGAUAGAUCCGAAUCUUGGAUUUAUAAGCUGCAUGGGGUCCUUGUACACAGCGGCGACCUCAAUGCAGGACAUUAUUAUGCAUUCAUCAAGCCCGAAAAGGAUGGGUGGUUCUACAAAUAUGAUGACGAUAAAGUAACAAAAGCCACAAUGCGAGAAGUUUUGGAGGAUAAUUAUGGAGGAGAGAUGCCCCUUUUGAAUGGUCAAGUUUAUGAUGCGUCACAAAAACCUAUCAUACGACACAACAGCGCAUACAUGCUUGUCUACAUUCGCGAGGCAAGACUCGAUGAGGUAUUGCUCCCCGUAACGAACGCCGAUACGCCGGCUCAUCUCCAAAGAAAACUUGAAGAGGAGGCCGCUUUCAAAGAAGCACGACGGAGGGAACGAGAAGAACAGCACUUGUACCUUACUGUCAGGGUGAUUACCCAGGAGACUUACGCAGCCCAUGGUGGACAUGAUCUUACAGUGUUUGACAGAAGUCAUGACGAAGAUCCUGCGGCUGCUAAAUCCUAUAAACUCCUCAAGAAGUGUACUAUAAGAGAGCUCAUCAAAGUGAUUGGUAAGGAUACUGGAACUGAUCCGAGAAGACUACGAGUCUGGUUCAUGGUCAAUCGUCAAAACAAAACAACAAGACCUGACACGCCUGUUCUGGACUACGAUCAAACCAUUGAAGAAGCUCACCUGAAAUUGGCUGGUAGUAAAACACAGGAGCUGAGGCUUUGGGCCGAAACAGCCGAAACAGUUGAUUCUAACGGCGAUGCGGUGUGGCCAGCUCAUCCGUUAGUGAAGGAAGGGUCGUCUCCAAGUAGAUCUGAUGAAAUUGUCAUAUUUCUCAAAUGGUUCAAUGUUGAUACCCAGUCUUUAGUUGGAUGCGGUCACAUUUAUAUCAGUAGCCAGAGUAAAGUUGAAGAAUUGGCCCCGUUCAUCUUGAAACGUAUGAAUUGGCCAGAGGACACUAGAUUGAAGCUCUACGAGGAGAUAAAACCGGACAUGAUCGAACCUAUGAAAGCGAAACAAUCACUCAAGGCAGCAGAACUCCAAGAUGGCGAUAUUGUUUGUUUCCAGAGAGCUUUGGAAGGAAGUGUUGGAAGCGAUGGCUCGGAUUCUACUACCGUGGUCUCCAAUGGCUUAAACCCUCGCCAGCAGCCUCUCAAAUCAUCUGACAUCAUAGAUGAUGCGCGACUAUACUACGACUUCCUCCGUCAUCGAAGACUCAUUACUUUCCAUUGCCAUCCAACCAGAGGAAGCAAAGAAUUUAAUAUAGACAAUUGCGAAUCAUUCACUCUGGUAUUAAGUGCAAAGCACACUUAUGAUCAGGUAGCUGCCAAGGUUGGAGAGAAGCUGAAUGUGGAACCGACUCAUAUCAGAUUUUGGACUAUUGCUUUGAAUACAGGUAAUCCCAAAACCGCGAUCAGACGCACGUCGAAUCAUACUUUGGUCAACAUGGUCAGCAGUAGUUACGCGUCAUUUGCUGGCACCACUAUUAGGUCAGAUGCUUUAUUUUUCGAAGUCCUUGACAUCAGUCUCGCGGAAUUGGAUACCAAGAAACCUAUGAAGGUUAGCUGGAUCAGCGAAGGUGUCACAAAAGAAGAACCACUGGAUAUACUGGUGCCUAAAACUGGAACUGUGGAUGAUAUAGUGUCCUCGGUGAUUAAGAAAGCACGAUUAGAAGACGAAGAAAAGGGUGGACCUAUCCGAGUAUAUGAAACACACAGCAACAAAAUUCACAGAGAACUUUCCCGUGGUCAUCCAAUCAAGGAUCUUACCGAUUACAUUUCGAUUAUACUAGAGCGAAUACCGGAAGAAGAGCUUGCGCAACCGAAUGGCAGUCAGUAUAUUCAUGCCUUUCACUUCCACAGUGAUCCAACCAAAGCGCACUCAAUUCCGUUCAAAUUUCUCAUCUUCCAAGAUGAAAUAUUUUCCGACACUAAGAAGCGACUGGAGAAGCGGACUGGUAUAAAAGGCAAAAACCUUGAGAAGGUCAAAUUUGCCAUUGUCAAGAGGAGCUCUUACACCAAACCUAUAUACUUGAAUGAUGACGAUACAUUAUGGGAUAUGCUUGGGGAUGAUGACGACCAACUCGGAUUAGAUCACGUUGAUAAGGUACGAAACACAAGGACUGGCAUGGGAGACUUGUUCUUGAAGUAG